CGUUGCUGCCCGCCUCUCAGCUUCAGAGCAGACCCUGUCCGACACAGCCCAGUCGACAGCGAGAGCAAGAUCCUGGAGCAGCCGCCGUCUCCCCAGCCCCCGCCGCGGGCGCCUAGCUCGCCCGGGCGCGGGAAAGGGAACUUGGUCCCCAACCGCCCCCUGGGCAGCGUCCGCGGCGUCCCCAUGUCUCCGUCGCCCCCGGAGCGCCUCUCCCGCUUGUCUCCCCGCGCCGGCCAGCCGACGCCCGAGACCCGCGAGGAGCUGCGGCGCCGCCUGCGUGGCCUUAUCGAAAACAACCGGGUGAUGAUCUUCAGCAAGAGCUACUGUCCCCACAGCGCACGGGUGAAAGAACUCUUUUCUUCUUUGGGAGUUGACUAUAAUAUCUUGGAACUUGAUCAAGUUGAUGAUGGAGCCAGCAUUCAGGAAAUGCUGUUAGAGAUGACUAACCAGAGAACUGUGCCAAAUAUUUUUGUGAAUAAAGUACACGUGGGUGGAUCUGACCGAAUUUUCCAGGUAACCACAGCACAUCACAGUGGCUUGCUGCUGAAGCUCCUCCAGGAGGACUCGGCCUAUGACUAUGAUCUCAUCGUCAUUGGGGGUGGCUCUGGCGGCCUCUCCUGCGCAAAGGAAGCCGCCAAUCUGGGGAAGAAGGUCAUGGUGCUGGACUUCGUGGUCCCAUCGCCGCGGGGCACAACCUGGGGCCUCGGUGGGACCUGUGUGAACGUGGGCUGCAUUCCUAAGAAGCUGAUGCAUCAGGCUGCCCUCCUGGGGCAGGCCUUGCUUGACUCUAGGAAGUACGGCUGGGAGUACAAUCAGCAAGUGGAGCACCACUGGGAGACCAUGACGGAAGCGAUUCAGAACCACGUCAGCUCUCUGAACUGGGGCUACAGGGUGUCCUUGCGAGAGAAAGGGGUGGCCUACGUCAAUUCCUUUGGAGAAUUUGUGGGGCAGCAUAAAAUAAAGGCAACAAAUAGAAAAGGACAGGAAACAUUUUACACUGCCGCAAAAUUUGUCGUAGCGACAGGUGAAAGGCCACGGUACUUAGGAAUCCAAGGAGAUAAAGAAUAUUGCAUUACUAGCGAUGAUCUUUUUUCUCUGCCAUACUGCCCUGGGAAAACAUUAGUGGUGGGUGCGUCUUAUGUGGCUCUGGAGUGCGCAGGGUUUCUUGCCGGCUUUGGCUUAGAUGUCACAGUCAUGGUGCGCUCUAUCCUUCUUCGUGGCUUUGAUCAAGAGAUGGCAGAGAAAGUGGGUUCUUACAUGGAACAGCAUGGCAUCCGCUUCUUAAGAAAAUUUGUACCUGUGACGGUUCAACAGUUGGAGAAAGGUUCUCCUGGGAAGCUGAAAGUAUCAGCUAAAUCCACAGAGGGAACAGAAACAAUUGAAGAUGUAUAUAACACAGUUUUGUUAGCAAUUGGUCGUGACUCCUCUACAAGGAAAAUAGGCUUGGAGAAGAUUGGGGUCAGCAUCAAUGAGAGGAAUGGCAAAAUACCAGUCAAUGAUGUGGAACAGACCAGUGUCCCCCAUGUCUAUGCUAUUGGGGAUGUUUUGGAGGGGAAGCCAGAGCUCGCUCCUGUUGCCAUACAGGCAGGCAAGCUGCUGGCUCGCCGACUCUUUGGGGCCUCUUUAGAGAAGUGUGAUUAUAUUAAUGUUCCAACCACAGUGUUUACCCCUCUGGAAUAUGGUUUCUGCGGAUUAUCUGAAGAGAAAGCCAUUGAAGUCUAUAAAAAAGAGAACCUGGAAGUGUUUCAUACCUUGUUCUGGCCACUCGAGUGGACAGUGGCUGGCAGAGACAGCAACACAUGCUACGCGAAGAUCAUCUGCAAUAAGCUUGAUAAUGCGCGGGUGAUAGGAUUUCAUGUUCUUGGACCCAACGCUGGCGAGAUCACCCAAGGGUUUGCAGUCGCAAUGAAAUGUGGACUCACGAAACAGCUGCUCGAUGACACUAUUGGAAUCCACCCCACAUGUGGAGAGGUGUUCACAACCCUGGACAUCACCAAGUCAUCGGGACUGGACAUCACCCAGAAGGGCUGCUGAGGCUAGUAUGCUGCUGCUGGGCUUCCCGGUCCGCUUCUCAUUCCUUCCAAAGACACUCACUCUGUUCACAGGGCAGAGAUGAGGAAGUGGCAGGGACACAGCAGCAGCCGGCAACUGCAGGGACUCACUGACGCGCAGCAGGUAGACUGCACCUCUGACGCCCUGGCUCGGAACCCUGUCGGAGAGCCUGGGCUGACUCCGGCGUAUCAGACCUGAGCUUCCCUCCGUUGAAUGGCACUGGUCGCCCAAGGGACCCUUCCUGGUGCCUGGCGUUUUUAUCUUCUCGCGUUGUUUUCUAUAAGGGUAUUUUUUCUGUGAAGCUGGCUAUAAAGGUGGUUUCCAGCAUGGGCCUGGCACACACAUGCUUGGGGUAGAGGUGGCGGUGAGCGCUGGUGCCUGGUCCAUUAGCAGGACAGUGCACGCCUGGUGCUCCGCCUCUGAGGUGCAUCUUCACCUAGUGCCGAGUUCCUGGCUCGGGCCUCGGCAUCCCAUGACGGUGACCUCGGGAUCGCUCUCCUUGCACAGCUCCAGGCUGGCAGAACAUCUCACAGAAGAGAAAAUACUCAAAUCCCUUUUUCAUGUUGAUCUUAAAAAUAGUAUUAUAAAGUUUUCACAAUUGUUUUAUGUGAAAUAUAAUUUCAAUCUGUUGGCAAUGAUUCAGUCGAGGUCUGUGUAGUGAGUGAUAGUUGAACUCAGAAAUAAACUCCAGCCUUGGGAGUUUCAUGUGGACUCAAACACACAACAGUAUCUAAAGGACCUGAAAGUGGUGGUGGUGGGGGGGAGCUGGCCAGGGUCCCUUUGGAAAACCUCUCCUCUUGAGGAGACACAGCCCCUUAUGUCCUGAGUGGUGCCCUAGCCACUAGCUGGGUGCCAUUGCCUAGGGACAUGUUUGGGAUGGGCAUCGUGCCGUCCUCUCCAGGCGGGAUGGGGCGGGGGGAUAGGGAUGGCACCCAAAGGAAGCUGACUCAGGACUGGAAUGAAACUGCUCUACUACUGGGGAGACAGAGAUGCAGAUGUGACGGAAGUGUCAGAAUGGGUGGGCGCGAGGUACUGUGACUUCCCCUGUCACAUGAGGUGGGGCACCUGAACAAAGCACAGUGGAGGUAGUGAUACUUGAGCUCAAUGCCUGGGAGAGAUGGGAUUCCAAAGUCUAAAGCAAACAGAUCCAGCGAAAAUAGUAAAACAAUAAGUAAGAUGUUUUAAAUUUGGAGUUGUAGAUAUAGCUCAGUGGGAGAGC